AUGGCUCGGCGGCAGCGUGUGCCACGCCACAAGGAGCACGGGCGGAGGCGCAACAAGAACCCGAAGUUGUCCCCAUUCCAGCGGGAGCAGAGGCGCAAUAAGAUGGCCAACCAGCCCCCGGUGUCAUUAGGCAAGAAUGGCAGCCAGCGUGAUUACCCCAUCAGUCAGAGGGCGGUGAUGAAAUUCCUCAUGGCAAAGCAGAAGCGGCUGCAGGAAAGGCACCAGCAGCGACACGAGGAGCAGCAGAAGAAAGAAAUAGGGGAGCAUCAACAGAAGCAAACGAAAAAAACAACAGGCAAUGGGAAAUUGUGUGAAGACAACGGGGAGGUUUCCCCUUCUCCCGCCACCCACUCAUCCAUGGCUACCGCUGCUGUGGAGGCGGUGGUGGGGAAGAAGAAACACCAUGCGAAGAAAGCGAAGAAGACGUCACUCACAGCACCCGUGGCACUCAAUGAGGAAAUGGCUGCAUCCCUUGCACGCCCCAUCAUGGCCUUUAAGACGCUGGCGGAGGGGGAGAGGGGGGAAGCGGAAAACGCAGUGGAGGCCAUCAUUUCAAGAAAGAAGGAAAGGAAGCAUCGGAAGAAGGCAGAAGCCCGGCGGGAGCGAGUGAGGGAAGUACUCCGCGAGACGGAAGAGCAGCUGAGAGAAGAAGUUCUUUCCAGCAAAGGUGGGAAGAAGCGGAGGAGGGAACAUCCGGUUGACGCCAAGGAUGCCGCCUUCGAGAAGAAGCUAAAGCAGAUGCAGAAGGAAAAGGCAGAGGUGGCGGUGGCGGCUGAAAAACGUGUUGCGGGGGAAAACAUUAAACAAGACCGCAGCGAAACUGAGAGCCAGAAAAGAAAACGCAAGCGGAUCACGUUCUUAGAUGACGGUGCAAAAGGGGGUGUGGAUGCCCCUCACAGUGCGAUGCGUUACCCGAACGACAAGGGCGCUAAAGUGCCCCGUGACUUCUGUGAGUUGGUGGAUGUUGUACGGUUCGGCGAACGCGUGGAGGCUCCUCCUGUUUUUGACGUUAUUCCGCGUCACGACGCCUCUAUCACACGUCUUGCCAACCGAAUGGAAUCCUCCUCUAGGAAUUUCCUCAAGGGCGGAGUUGCGUCGUCGCAGAAGGAACGUUUGCAGAUGUUGUCAUCGGUUGGUGGGGUGGGAGAAGAAAGGCGACUUGAGCGUCUCGGCCUGGGGCCUGUUAGCACUUCUGCGGCUGCGGCCCGCCGCACAGGCGCGCCCAAGAAGCUUUCUAAGGAGGAAGAGAUGCGGCGCUUGCGUGAGGCUGUCAUGGAAGCAUACCGCCGCAAGAAGCGUAUAGGGGCGGAGGCACGGAAGGGGGUGGACAUGCAUCAUCAAUUCCCGAUAUUCUCAUGA